GCCUCUAUGCCCUCUGGUCUUAAUCGGCAUAAUCCUAUGGCCAUUUUCAAGCUAUUCUUCACCAAUAAAAUAAUGGAGAAGAUGGUGCAGUGGAUAAACGAGCAUGCAGAACAGCACCGGCCCACCGACGUGCGCCUGCCACGGCCAUAG